AGGGAAUGUUUGCAGAGUUCUGUGCAGGGGAAAACCUGGGAGAGUCAGUGCGGGUCAAAGAGGCUGCAGGGAAAUGAGCCUGGGGAAAAAGUGGGUGAAGCAAUUCAUGGUGUGGGAGGAGGCCAGGCGCUCAAGGAACCCCCUGCCCAGCAGAGAAUCCCCAUCAGAGAGAGAAAAAACACAUGCGCCGAAUGUGGGAAAAGCUUCCUUAAGAACGCACACCUUGUUGCGCACUGGAGGAUCCACACGGGAGAAAAACCUUAUCAGUGCCUUGAAUGUGGGAAAAGCUUCAAUCAGCGCUCACACCUUGUGGUGCAUGAGCGAAUCCACACCAAAGAGAGACCCUAUAAAUGCAGCGAGUGCGGGACAAGCUUUGUUCACAGCUCCCACCUUAUCGUGCAUCAGAGGAACCACAAGGGGGAGAGACCCUAUAAAUGCCUCGAGUGCGGGAAAAGCUUCACUCAGAGCUCGAGCCUGAAUGUGCAUCAGAGAACCCACACAGGAGAUGAACCUCAAAAAUGCCUUGACUAUGGGAAAAGCUUCGAUUACCGAUCGCACCUUGUACUGCAUCAGAGGAUCAACACAGGGGAGAAACCCCAUAAAUGCUUCGUCUGUGGCACCAGCUUCGUUCACAAAUCAAACCUGAACGUGCACCAGAGAAUCCACAAGGGAGAGAGACCUUACGAAUGCCUUGACUGUGGGAGAACAUUCAAAUCCAGAUCAAACCUUAGCAGGCAUCAGAAACAACACACAGGAGAGAAAUCCUAUACGUGCACUGAGUGUGGGGAGUGGUUUGUUGAGAACUCCGGCCUUAUUAAACAUCAGAGAACCCACACGGGGGAAAAACCCUAUAAAUGCUUUGAAUGUGGGAAAAGUUUCAACUGGAGCUCAAACCUGUUUGCACAUCAGAGAACCCACACCGGCGAGAGACCGUAUAAAUGCUUGGACUGCGGGAAAAGCUUCAAUCAGAGCUCAACCCUCUUUCAACAUCGGAGGAUCCACACAGGAGACAAACCCUAUAAAUGCUCCGACUGCGGGAAAAGUUUCAUUCAGAGCUCCAUUCUUAUUACGCAUCGGCGAAUCCACACGGGAGAAAGGCCCUACCAAUGCCUCGACUGUUGGAAGACAUUCAAUCAGAGUUCGGAACUGAUUUCUCACCGGCGAAUCCACACGGGGGAGAGGCUGUAUAGCUGCCUUGUCUGUGGGAAAAGCUUCAACUGGAGCUCAGCGCUUACUACGCAUCAGAGGAUUCACACCGGAGAAAAACCUUAUGAAUGCACCGGCUGUGGGAAAAGUUUCAGCCGGAGCUCCACCCUUGCUAGACACCAGAGGCUGCACGCUGGAGAGAAUCCCUUGAAUGUGGAAGAAGCAUCAGCUGGGCUCUGAUUGUAUCCUGCGUCAGCAGAUCAGCAUAGUAAAGAGACCUCUUAAAUGCUCUUAGCAGGGAAAAUCCUUCAGGUGGCGCGAAUGCCGUAUUGGACAUCAGAGACUCCUCCACACUGGAGGGAAAAUUGUAUCAGUGCCCAGGUUAGGGCUGGCCAUAGUUUAAAAAAACCAACAUUUCCUCAUUCCUACACACAUCAGGGGCAUUUGGCUCCCAAGGAUCCGGCUGCCCAUUGCUGGGGUGAGGAUACAGCAGCAGCCGAGCAGCAGCUGGUCAGUGACCCUCUGGCUCUGCAAACCUAAGGCAGAGGAGGAGAAGCCCCGAUCAGCCCCUCCUCCCUGCUGCAACCCUGGCUGCUGAGCUGAUGGGCCACAGGUGGGGGAAGGGAGAGAGAGAAACUCCUCCAGACGCUCCCUCUGCCUGGCUGAAGUUCCCCCCUCUCCCUUCCCCUUCCAGCUGGGAUCCCCCUGUCAUGGAGAUAAGGAGAACGACACUUGGGCCAGGCCCCACUUUCACUCUAGACACCUGUCCCCACCCCCCCAUCUUCCACCAGCCCAUGGGCUGCACUCUCCCACUUACCUGGAGCUGUUCCCUGCAGGGCGAGUGUCCCUGGGGGCUGGUAACUCCUCCCGUCCCUGAAUCCCCCAGGGUGCUGGGCUCUGGGGGAUCAACUGUGGAGGGAUGGGUGUUGGGCAGGGAACUAGGGGAUCGAAUGGUUGGGGCUGGGGGAGAUGGAAGUGAAAGGGGACUGGGUGCUGGGGUUAUUGAAUGUUUGGGGAUCAUGGGAUAAGAGGGGUGGGGUGCGGUUAGGGAGGUCCUGUCUCCCAUCAUUAACUCCUCUUCCCCUUUUCCCUGCCCACAUUCACAAAUUCAGAGGGACUGAUUUUCACUGGGCCUCUGGUGGGGGACUUUGAAAAGCCCUGAAUCUAGGAAUCCCACCUCAGUCCUAGAAGCAUCGACCGCUGAGGGUCUGUCUAGACUAGGAAAAGCGGUCCGGGUUAGCUAGGUCGUUUCCUAGUGGCCCAGACCAAGCCUCCGCUUCUUUGCCUAGUCCCGACUCAUUCAGAGCCACUCAUGUUCCUCGUUUCAGUUUCCAAGUUUCCCCUCCAGGGACAGAUUGGCUCCCUCCCAGCGAGUCUCAGCUCUCUCCCACUUCUCCUGAAGAGCAGUGGGGUGGUUUUUUUCCUUUGUGGGUUUUGUUUGUAAAUAUAUUUAUAACACCUAAUGACACAGAUUAUAAAAGAGUUGGAGUGGGGAUGGAAGAUAGGUUGUUUCAGCCUCUGUGUUAGGAGAGGGUGAGGAGAUGAACUGAAAGGAUUCCUGCCCUGUUCCUCAAAGGUGUUAUGGCUCCUAAUUGAAAUCAACGUGCCCCCCAUCAGGAUCCUGAUUCCUCUCACCACAGAAGCCUCUGGUCCAAACUCUGGAGAGUUUAUCCUCCUCUUUAAGGCUGUGUCUACACUAUAAAGAUAAAUCGACCUCUGUUAGGUCAACUUACAGCUGCUUCAUGAAUUACUGCCACGGUGCAUGUCCACACUACCCUCUUUGAUCACUGGGAGUGUGCUUAAGAGGCUAGACGCUGCUGCUUUCCUGACUGCCACAUCGCCACCACGAUUGGGAGUGGAGCUAGCUACAUAGGUGCUGGAAGUAGGGGGCAGCCGCGCCCCCUGGCUUGAAGUGGUUUCCAUCAUAUCCAGGGUUUGCAGUUUGGUUCAAUAGCUUGCAGCUCCUCCACUGUACAAAUUGUUCCAGCACCCCCGGCUAGUUAGAUCAAAGCGAGGGUGCGUCCACCCCUGCUGCGAUCUCCUUUUCUCUGAGUGUGGUGUAGACCAGUGGUACCCAUGGGCGGCGGAUAUUGCAGGCCGGGGUAGGCUGAGCCUCUCCAAAGAGCCAGGCCUAGCUCUGUCCACGCUUUGCCCCCAAAUCCCUUCCUGCUCUGGCUCCCAGUUUACCUGUGCCGUGGGGCUAGCUCUGGGGCUGCACCGCCCAGCAUUCCGGAGCUGGGGCCGCGCUGCCUGCCUUCC